AUGGCUCUCGUAUCUGGACCGGGACGAGCAGGUUCUGCCAGUCUGCCAGAGGAGCUUCAGCUCGCUAUCGAGUCCCAUGUAAAAUAUAUACAGAGUCUCGACUCCCGCAAAGAUGAGCUCGAAUAUUGGCACACCGAACAUUUGCGAAUAAACGGACUCUACUGGGGGCUGACUGCACUUCAUCUACUUGGUCGACCUGAUGCGCUGCCGAGACGGGAAACAAUUGAUUUCAUUUUAAGCUGCCAGCACAAAAAUGGUGGUUUUGGAGCUGCUCCAGGCCAUGAUGCACAUUUACUAUAUACAGUUAGUGCCGUGCAGUCAUUAGUGAUGGUAGAUGCGGUAGAUGAUCUCGAGCAGAACUUGGAUGGUAAGGGAAAAGAUUUAGUUGGGAAAUAUCUUGCGGAUCUACAGAAUAAGAAAACGGGAACCUUUGCUGGGGAUGAAUGGGGCGAGGAAGACACUAGAUUCCUCUAUGCGGCGUUCAAUGCACUUUCACUGCUAAAUUCCCUACACUUGGUGGAUGUCAAUAAGGCAGUGGACUACAUUAUCUCGUGUGCGAAUUUUGAUGGAGGUUAUGGGGUUAGCCCUGGAGCUGAAUCUCAUUCGGGACAAAUAUUUGCAUGUUUGGGUGCAUUAUCAAUUGCGAAGCGCCUCGAUGUGGUUAAUAUUGAUAAGCUGGGUAGAUGGCUGAGUGAGAGGCAACUCGAGUGCGGCGGACUGAAUGGCAGACCCGAGAAAAAAGAAGAUGUUUGUUACAGCUGGUGGGUUGCAACGAGUCUAGCUAUGAUUGGGAGGCUACACUGGAUUGAUGGAGAGAAACUCACCAACUUCAUCCUGAAGUGUCAGGACACAGAGGAAGGUGGCUUCGCCGAUAGACCAGGUGAUAUGGUCGAUGUCUUCCACACCUGCUUCGGCGUUGCCGGCUUGUCUCUUCUAGAUUUCCCUGGUGUCGAAGAGGUCGAUCCUAUGUAUUGUAUGCCGAAGCGAAUAACUGAGCGAGUGCUAGGGCAAUCCUAA